AUGGCACCGUCCGCGCUCUCAGGAGCAGUCCGACGCUCGACUCGUCUCAGUGCAAAGGCUCAGGUCGCUGCAAAGCGACCUGACGAGGAUGAUGCGGGUGCUGACGCUAGUGAUGCAGAGCCCCUUGAACGACCUGCGAAGCGCAGAAGAAUUACGACUUUCAACACAUCUGCUGACCGCAAGCAGAGGGCAGGGAAGAAGAAUGUGGGCAGCAAGCGCAGUCUUAGUAAACUCCUUGACAUGCCGCUGGAUGUACUGUUUGAGAUUUUUGGUCACCUUGAUCCAUUGGAUGUCCUUCACUUGGCACGAUCUAACAAGGCCAUCCGUAACGUUCUCAUGCGUCGUUCUUCCAUCACGAUUUGGAAAGAAGCUCGUAGCCACAUAGAGGGACUACCGGACUGUCCUGCGGACUUAAGUGAGCCUCAAUAUGCUGAUUUGGUAUUCGAUCCACACUGUCAUUUUUGCUUGACAGCAAGAGUCCUGAAUGUGCUUUGGCGCAAUCGAGUGAGAUGUUGCAAACAAUGCUUGAAAGCAAAUUUCAUGGACAUGGCUGCAAUGUACCGGUGUUUCUACGGGUUUGUUUCGGAAUACAAGAUGCCGCAGCCUUGGGCCAUGAUAUCUUGUGAUCCAUACAGAAACAAACACUACUAUCUCAACUCACGAGUCAUGGAACUACAGGAGAGAUAUGAGGAGAUUGUUCCAGACCUGGAGAAAUUCAAGGAAUUUGAACAAGAAAGGGUUAAGGCUGUAAAGAAGCUUGAGAAAGAUGCAGAUAUCCUUUCAUCCUGGCAUACCGAACAGAGCUAUCUGCGCUCGCAGGAGUUGGACGACUUGCGCUAUAAGCGUCGUCAAGGGAUCAUCAUGAAACUCAUUCAAAUGAAUCUCGGUGCAGAAAUUGAAGUAAUGGACGAUGAUAUGAUCGAGGUCUUCUUAAAUCACCCAGCAGUGAAGCAGCCCAAGGAACUUACUGACCGCAUUUGGAAUAAUAUCAAGGGCCCCAUCCUCGAGAUUGUGUACCAUGCGCAGGCUAUACGUAUCGCAAAGACACGAUGCAUUCGUGUCAUCCCGCAUAUCCCAUUUCUAGAUACUCGUUACGCGGAUUUUGCAAAAUCUCGUCCGCAUACCGAGUAUCUGCCAAGGAUUGCCGAUUUCUGCAUGAUGCCGGAAAUCCGCGCCAUCUUGGGCGACGCUACAGUUGUGAUCCAGACGGCGAGAAAGCUUGACGACCUGCGCCCGCGAUUCCCCGAGCUAUCUGAGCGAUGGCGGCAAGAGUGCUCCCGUCAACUGUUGCCGCUCCUGCCGGAUGCUGCCAAGCAGAACCAGGUCAACGACGAAGAUAUGUCACCACUGCAGUUGGCUACGACAUUCUUCAAAUGCUCGUCCUGCUUUGAUACCGUUGGCUAUCCGAGGAUUCUGGCGCAUGAGUGUAUGAGGUACUGUACGAUGAACGGUGAUGGCGGUCUGGAUCUCAGCCAUACGAUUCACGCGGACUUGAAAAAUACCGUUCAAUUGGUGUACGAUGAACAGCCGUGGCACCUCAGCGCCGGGUCGAUCGAAUACAACCAAGGUGCAUGCGACACAGUCGCAGCUGUCGUGCGGGCUUGUGGUGAGGAUCCGGCGACGAUCACCGCUAGCGAGAUGGACGAAAUGGAUCACCGGUUUGUCUGCGCGAAUCGCAAAUGUUUGCGCAAUGGAGUUGUCCACGUCGUGACAUGGAGAACAGCGGAGCAACAUGACAAAAUAUAUCACCCCGUUGACCACACAGGAUGGCAGCUCCUCGAUCCUGGGGACACAGCAGACAUGAAACUGAACGAGCUGAUGGACGAUGAGAGGUACAUGGUUGAGAUAUGGUCAUGCACGCACUGUAGGAGUAACGCUGUGCGCCUGAAUGUUGUGAAGGCGCAUCUAAAUGACAAACACGACGUUCUUCAUCCGGUGCAAGGAGUUGACUAUGACGUGCACCACGAUGUAGAUCCUGGACCUCCCCUUCCCUUCAUCGUGAUGUCCGAUGAGCUUAGCUCGCCUGCCUUAGUUGCUGCUGUUGAGGAUGCUUUGGUUGAUGAGUGA